AUGACACUACACAAGAAGUUGGACUGGGAACAAAUGAUCGAACGCCUGAAGUCGCCGCACCUCGGGCUCGAGAACAACAUGGUUCAAGGGACCUUCAAUGCCUUCGAGAUCCUCUUCCAUGCACAAGCGCUGCUCGAUCCCCAGGAUCGAAUAGCCAUCCUCCAAAGGCUACUCCCCUUUGUCGACACGGCUCAUCCCAACAAGCAUAAGGGAGCCCAGGUAGCCAAUCUGAUCUCGGCCAUGGUCCCGACGGCCCCAGCCCCAGAGUCUUGCCCCAACUGCCAGCCGGCCACCAUCCGGCCCAUGCUUUUCAAGCUAUUCGUCAUGCAAAACCAUGGCUAUCAAGCCACCGCGAACUAUGUUCAGCUCUUCUCCAGAUUUGCCGCGUCCCAUCUGGAAUGCGAACACGUCUCCUUUGGACCGCACGGCAUUUUUUAUGACAAGGAAGGCGGCCAGUCGUUCCAUGACCCUUCUAUCCUUGAAUUCCUUCCGUCCGACUUUCGUGAAAAGCGAGCAACUCUUGCCGGCAGAAUCACCGAGUGGAUCGUAUACUCGCUCUCUCCCAUGUGCGAGACGCUACAACCCUCGAUGCUCUCAGGCCUAGAGAGUCUUAUAGGUUCGGUGUGUCUUUUGUACCACCCAGAAGCCGACCCCCCAGACAUUCUGUUUGUCUCCCGGCUCCUUUAUCGGGUGGCCUACUCCUUCAGCCUACGAUACUACAGAGAGCAGACUGGCGAGCUGAGAACGCCGCCCGCUCGGCGGCUCAGCCCGGAAUUGAAAGAGAAAUUUGUUCUACUGCUCCGAUGCGCGCUCUUUUUGGGCGUUUUCUCGCUGCGGAUGGCACAAGAGGAUCGCUACAGCUUCCCAAUCAGUUCUCUCUCCCACGAUAGCCUGCAACUGUUGGCCGACCUCGAGCCCGAUCUGAUCGUCCCUAAGGCGCUUAAAAGUUUCUAUGUCAGCCAGAACAGCAAAGUCGACGGAGACGCCGCCUAUAUGAGCCUAUACUUGUUGCAACAGCUUAGUAACAUUAUGGUCCGAGAAAAGGGGCUCCGGUGUCACGCACCGUCCUUGAUGGAGCUCACCUGCGCCGGCAUCCAUCCAAACAACACCAAGUUCACAGCAGUUGUCGCCAGGCUCGUUAAGACUACCAUAUGCAGCUUUCCGUGGUUGCCCCUAGCCGAGAAGGGCAAUUCGGACAUUACGGUCGACGCCGAGCACUCGAUGCAAUGGGGGAAUGGCGAGAUGGAACGUCUAUACAAGGCGGGCUCCGAGGUGAAGGUGCCGUACAGUGAAGAACUUUCCGACCACGACGAGUCUACCUUGCUCCGGUCCGCUACAACUCGCGUUCCAGGCUUUGCCAGACAGUUCCUACAGAAGGCACUGGGCUUCCUGGUGCAGGCUUACAGAAGCGUAGACACUAGACAGAACGCUAACUUCGGCCUCGCAAGACGACUCGGAACUCGAUGCUGGCACGUCCGACUUGACGAACGCAGCCUGCGAAUGCCUUCGCCUGCUGAGCCGCGAUCAGCUCAAACAAGCCAUGCUAGAAAUUGCCAAAAAGUUCUUGUCGACGCCUUUGCCCUAAGCGUCGAGCUAUGCGGCGAGAAUUCUUGA